AGUCGCGUCCGGAGGCUCCGCCGGCUGGUGCGGGCCGCUGCCAUGGCGGCUCGGGGGCGGGGGUCCCGGGAGGUGACAGGGCCCUUCCCGCACUCCGUUGCACUGAGAGACAAGCCUCUGAAAGAACCAAAACAUGAAGAUAUUUUCUUGGCCCACAGAGAGAAAGAAAAGGAACUUCUUGCACAGGCUAAACUGCUGAAGCUGUACAACCAGUAUCAGAGGGUGCAGGAGUGGCACCAGCGGAGCAAGCAGAAAUGGCUGCACUGCGCUGUGCAGAGGAAGGUGAAUGCUGCCAUGCAGGAUUACUUGGCAGAGACUGAGGAGAGACGAGAGAGACUUCGUGAGCUGCUGGAGGCAGAGGAAAGUAGGUACUUCGCUGAGAUGGAGGCACUGGAGGAAACAGUAGAGGAGAAAAAAGCCAAGAUGAGGGAGAGAGCAAAAUUCCUGAGAGAGAAGAGAGAAAAAGAAAGGCAAGAACUGGUGGCUGAGAAACGAGAACAGCAAUUCAGAGAACAGUGUGAGGAGCUACGCGUGCAGUUGAUGAAGAAGCAUCAGAAGGAGGUGUGUGAAGGUUGGCUGGCCCAGUUAGCUCUGAAGGAGGAGCUGAAAAAGCAGCAGAAGAAGGAGGAGCAGAUGUUUGCAGAGCUUUGGGAAGAGGACAGGCUGGCUAAGGAGAGGCACGAGGCAGCAGAGAUGCAGAAGGCGGUGGAAGGGAGCAGGGAAAUCCUGAGUGCGCUCAGUGCCCAGCUAGCAGAGAUCAGCCUGCGCAGAGAGCAGGCGAGGAGGCUGAAGGAGGAAGAGGCUCGACUGCUGGAAGAAGAGCAACAGCUGCUGAAGCUGGAGAAUGAAGAGCUUCAGAGGAAGAAAUGGCAGAGGCAGAAGGAAUGCAGGGAGAUGUUGCUCAGUGCAGCACGGGACAGGGCGAAUCAUCUCUAUGAAGAAAAGCAAGGUGAACUCGCCCUGGAGAUGAAGCUUCUGGAGAAAUCUCUUAAGGAACCCCAGAAGGACACUGAGGAGAAAAUAAAAAGAAAACAAGAGCUGCUCAAGGAGCAGCAGAUGUACCUGGCACACCUGGCUCAGCAGCUGGAGGAGGAAAAACAGCAACAAAGAGAAGUGGACAAGCUCCUUGAUGAAGAGAUGGCCAAAGUCUGGGCCAAGAAGGCUGAACAACUGCGUCUAGAAAAGGAGGCUAGAAAGAAGCUACUGAAAGAUGUCCUGAACACCAGGCAAGAGCAGAUAGAGGAGAAGUUGCAGAGAAAUGCAAAGGAGCGCGAAGAGGUUGCUCAAGAGAGAAAGUUAUUAGCUGAAGCAGCUGCAGAACUUGAGCAUCUAAAGGAAGAAAAAUAUGCAAGAAAACUAAAGGAAACUAAAGAAUACCAAGAGCUACUCAGGGCUCAGAUUGCCUCUCAACAACAGGCCCGUGAUGCUGAGGAAGAGGAGAGGCAGCGAGACUAUGAGCUGGGCCUUGCAGCAGAGAGAGCUUACCAAGAAAAGCUGCGGGAUAUUCUGUCAAGGCCUGAUGAGAAGCCAGCAAAAACCCAUCCCUUGAGAAGAAAACUCAUGUCCAGCUCUCCAGAGCAUCACUUACAGUGAUAUUUUAGCUCCCUCAGUCACCUUAAAAACACUUUAUAGGAAUGUUUAUGACUGACUUGAAUUAGCCCUCUUCCACUCUGCUGCUCAAAAUGUCUAACUGGAAAACCAGAAAAAACCCCAACAUAUUAUUUUAAAGGUUAUUUUUUUUCUGUAGAUUUUUAAUGAGAAAGCAUUUGACUUACUCUGUCUUCUCUGUAGUAUGUUGUUGUGACACAGAUGUUAGGUAGGCCUUUAACAUCUGUUCUGAGAGUUUGUGGAGAGCUUCAUCAGACUCUAUUAAAAUGCCUUUGAAACUCAAAAUAUUUGCAAAACUUUGUGAUUUAGAGGGGGAAAAAAAGUACUUUGAGGUAUUCAUUUUCUUGUUAACUAGAAAACGACUGUUUUAUUAUGGGCUGGAAGGAAAACAGCUGUUUGCAUGUAUCCUGGUAGCUGUUGAACAAUGUGUAGAAUAUCACAGUCACCAACCUCGUUUGUGAUACCUCCAUGUGGACAGAAUUAAUUCUACAGGGCUGAAUUUAUGAUUUUUGAGGAAAAAAAAGAGGGUUUACCCUUUUGAUGUCA